AUCCUAAGGCACGUGGAGACCAGCUGGCAUCACUGUUUCGGUGGACUUCAAAGGCUUCCCCCGGGGCAGGGGACGGGGGGGGGGCUCACUACAGCAGAGCCACUGGAAACCAUUAGAACCACCAGGAACAGCGGAGAGUCAAAGCAGCCAUCAUUCUCCCGUGGAAAUGGGUCUUCUGGUAUUUCCUCCCCACCAGACCAGUAUAACACAAAGAUGUUUGCAAAAGGACAUCCCUUGAAAGAUGCAGAUUACAUUGGCCAUGAGCAAGAGGAGAGGGGCUACUCCACUGCUGGGAAUCCAAUCACUGGUCCAGGAGGAGCAAGUGGCCCGGAGCGGGGCUCACUGACCGUGCAGUGUCGUUAUGACCCAGAGUGGGAAACUCACAAGAAGUGGUGGUGUCGAGGUGCUGUUUGGAGCAGCUGUGAGAUUCUUGUCAAGACCACUGGAUCAGAGCAGGAGGUGAGGAAGGACCGUGUGUCCCUCAGGGACAAUCAGAAAAACCACACGUUCACUGUGACCAUGGAGGAGCUCAGGAGAAACGACGCUGACACUUACUGGUGUGGGAUCGAGAGAACUGGAGUUGACUAUGCGGUCUCAGUUAAGGUGACCACUGACCCAGCCCCAGAAAGGACAACCACGGCGGCAAGUGUGACUUUCACACCUUCAACCAGUAUGAAGACCACCAGCCCCCUCACCAGGUCCCUGCUCGGCAACACCUACUUCCUGCUGCUGGUGUUCCUGGAGCUGCCCCUGAUCCUGAGCAUGCUGGGCGCUGUCCUCUGGGUGAACAGGCCCCGGAGAAGCUAGGCGUGGAGGCCGGGUUGGCGCAAUGAUGAGAACCAGUAGCCCCGAUGCCCCUGAUGCUGCUGUCCAGAGACAGCUGCCGACAGAAGAAGAGCAUUUCUAGCAGGAAGUGACUGUGGUUCUAGAGGCAGCGCCAGCCUAGCUUUAGGGAACAGUCCCCGUGUCCCCUGGCCUGCGGUUAUGCAUCCUGGGGCUCGGGGACUCGCCCUGGCCCCUGCUUCUCUGCAUUGCCCCCGGGGCCCGACAGAGCCCUCCUUCCUCCAGAGGACUCCAGCGCAGUAGAAAAUGCAUUUCCUCCCGGGCGCCCCGUCCGUGGCAGACACAUGUAAUCUCGAGUCUGAGGCACCUUCAGCGGUAGUGGACUUUCUUUUGCCUUCCAUGGGGUUCAGGGCUCCAGGGAAGAAUGGGUUUCAGAAUUCUAAACCCCAUGAAAAUAGAGAAACAACCAAACGCUGGACUCUGGUGCGUGAAGACUUGAAUGCACGGUGAGCAGAGGCUCUCACGGCCCGGCCGGCUGCAGUUUUGCCCCUUGUGGGGGAGCAAAGUCUGGAGCCAGCCCCAUCCCUCACCCCCUGGACAUGCACCAGUGGACAUGAGAUUGGAUGUCACAUCCUCUCUAUUGUCACCAGAACUCUCCUGUUAAUGUGGCAAAGUCGUCUUGCCUCUCUUGAGAGCAUUGCAGCCAGGCUGCUACUCUCACUUUGGGGUGCACGGGAGACAACCAUGCGUUUGGGGGACCGUAGAGUAAUGCACAGAUGAGACACUGGAGCAGGAACAGAGCUGGCCACUGUGAGCCGGGGGCCAGAGGGAGGGGCGAGGCUGGGAGACGAGUCCCUGUCCUCGUAAGGACCCGAGACUGAAAACCCUCCAGGAUGGCUGGAAGCUUUUCCCAGCGCUUAAUUCUAUAAGGGCGCCGGUGAGUCACUUCAUAAAGAGAAAAAGACAACUGUUUCUUCCUCUUAAGGUCCUGCCCCUGGACUUUUCCUUUCAGGCAGCUCCAGGGCCAAAAAGAGGCCACAAACCUGAAGGUGGGAUAGGGAACCGGCAGGCCCUGCCCAAUAAGGAGUCGUAGACCCGAACCAAGGUCUCUGAUCAAACAGGAGGUGGUGGAGAAACCAGCCAAAACCAGUUAGAGCCAAGACGGUGUUGAAAACUGGCCUCAGGCUACCCUCACUGCUCACUGUGCCCUGCUCAUAGUGCAUUCGUGUACUGAAAGAAACCCCCACCAGCGCUGUGGCAGUUUACUGAUGCCACUGUAUGUCCUGAAGUUACCCUACAUGGUUUAAAAGAGGAGGAACCUCCAGUUCCAGAAGCUCCCGCCCCUUUCCCAGAAACCUUAUCAAUAAUCCUCCCUCUGCUGAACAUAAAAUUAAAUAGAAGAUAUAAAAUAGGACCCCGGAAACUCACUCUGUUGCUCUCAGAGAUGGCCAUGCUCUGUGCAUGGGACAGCCGCACCUUGUUUCUUUUCAUUCAUCAAUAAACUAGCUUUUGUCUUUCUCUUUCA